CCAUUCCCCCCAAAACCCUAAAUAGGUGGCCUUGGUCACGGCUUAACACCAGAAUACAUAUGACAGAAUUGUUCAACAAUGGCUUGAAAAUUCCCGACGGAAAUAAACAAAUCAUCUCCGGAACAGUGAGCACUGCAUAUCACCCGUCUGCGGUGGUUAUGAAAUCAAUGACUUUUAAGUCUUCUGUUGGCUAUGCAGUUACAUUAUCACACUUCAAUUGCAUUCUGUUCAAUUUUCUGGCCUGGUGAUUUUCAAGAGCCUUGUUAAUUUUUUUCUCCCAACCUGGGUUCGUUGUAUGGCUUCUUCUUCUCAGUGUCCCUUGCAUCCAAAAGAUGAGACGUUGGUACCACAAAUUGAAUGCUUGUUCUGAAUUGCCGGAAGCAGAAAUGGGGAAUUACACAUUGUACUGGAUUGGAACAAGUGCAGAAAUGAAAUUGGCAAGAUCUAAGCGGAAGUUCCUGCUUGUUGAAAUUGGUUGGUUAGAGAAUUUCAGGUGUAGUGCCUACUUUUUGGGAGGGGUUCACAUCCAAACACCCACCAUGGGGCAUGUACCGGCACAGAAAGCUGAACAUCUUCGUUCAACCUGCUACCUGAAGAUAUCCCACAAUGCCUUGUGGUCUAGCAUGGCUCCCCAUCCUCUCAUCUGUAACCUCCCUUGGAACCAUCAUAGUAACGUACACACUUGCUGCAGUGAAUGAACACAUAUUCUUAGUUCUUCCCUACAUAAGUGACACUGGCGUUCACUAUCCAGAGAGCUCUUUAUUUAGCCUCUUUCUGGAUGUGUCUGCUGCAUUCUUUCUAUUGACGGCGUACGUACGUUACCACCAUGUCCGACAGUUCCAAGACAGGUUCCAAGAGAACCGACUGUGGCGUUUUCGUCGGGUCAACAUCGCAGGGCUGAUGGUCAGCCUGGUGGCUGCAGUCGGUCUGAUUGUCCUUGCCAACUUUCCCGAGGACGAGGAUCUGUUGAUCCAUUUGCUGGGUGCCUUCUUCUGCUUCACGUUUGGCGUUGCGUACUGUCUCCUCCAUGCCUGGCUGUCUUUCAAGACCAGCCCCACUCCCAGCCCGACAUGGGUUUGCAUCAUUCGGUUGGUGCUCGGCUGUCUAGGGAUUAUCCACACCUCGCUUGUCAUCCUGUUUGGUACGGUGCUGCGAUGGCACGCAGACUCCUGCAAUCCGCAAAUGAAAUUCCGUCGGAUCAGUGCCAUGUUUGAGUGGCUCCUGGUAGUGACCUUCAACCUCUACACUCUGACCUUCACCUACGAGUUCCGGCACAUCCAGCUGGCCACCAUCCUGCGGCACUGGACCGGGGACUCCUGGGAGUUCAUGGAGCUGCCGGCCGACGAGGUCACGGCGUCGUCGGGCGUGGCAUCUGGGAGCGAGGCGGCCAAGCUCCAGCUGGAGGAGGAGGCCAAUGGUAACCAGCCGGCCAGGUAUCCCUGCCUGCACCUGGACGGAAGCCUGCACACUGUGACCGUCUGCGAGACGUGCAACGCAGAGGGAAAAGCCCAUCCUGUAUAGGGAGGAAGAGGCAUGCACGGCGGCUCUUGGGAGUGGGCUGUUUGGUACGUACCGUACGGUUCCAUGUUUGGAAGAGCUUGCAGUUCUUUUUUUCUGUUUGUUAUGCAGUAUCAAUUGGGAAGCAUCAAUUAGAUUCACAGAUGAAGGGGCGUGGCCGCACUUGGGAAUGGGCGGUUAGAUACAUGUACGUAUAUGUACUGUACAGUUCAGUAGUCAAAAGGUUUGAUGUGGUUUUUUUUCUUCUUUGUUUAUGGUACAUACAUGUACACCUGUAUCUACCGUGUCAAUCAGGAAGGCAUCAAUCAAAUGUGACCCAACAUAACAAAAUGAGUCACAAGUCACCAGAGCAACUUUGGAGUGAAAGGCCUUUUAAGGGGAAUCUUUCACCCUGUAAAUCAACGCGAGCCCUCAACAAUUGUCCACCUUCAUCAGGAUACCAAAUUGGGUAACACAUCAAAACAAGGAACUUAGUUUGCUCUUUUUUGGUGCAGACUAAACCUGAAUUACCAACAACCAAAAAAAAAAAAAAUGGCCUUUGUGGGAUAUGGUCACAAAGACAAGGAAAAGGACGUGGCUGUAUUUAGGCAUGGCAGAAUAUAAGCAUCCAGUUACGCUGUAGUUCUUAGAGAAAACACAAAGUAAAGCUCAACUGUCAGUCCAUGAGACAUGACAAAGAGAGUGCUCAGCUCUUCCAUUGUAAGAGUUAGGUGUGAUGCUCAAGGCUUUUAAAACUUUUUUUGGGGGGGGGUGAAUGUAGCAUCAGUGACCAGGUUUAUCUCAAAUGGGUAGGAUACUGAAGUAAAAGAAAAUACUGGUACCAGUUUGGGGGGACAUUGUCACAUGUCUUUGAAGUGACUAGGAUUAAUUAUUCAUGAAUUAUUAUUCAUGAGUUAUUCAUGAAUUAUUAUUCAUGAGUUAUUCAUGAAUUAUUACUCAAGAAUUAUUCAGUGAUGGUUGCGACCAGUUGUCAUUUUUGUUUGACAUUUCAUUUAUAUUAAGGUUUAGUAGGCCUACACAGUAUUUGUUAAAUAUUGUAU